UUGUCUAAAUUAGUUUUUUUGUGUAAAAGGCUCACGACUCGUAUUCGUAAUCUUGUAAUGUAAUCUUGUUUCUCGAUAUUCAAAAUUUUUCGUGUAUCUUCUGAAUAUUAUUUUUACCAUUUUUUUUACUCUCAUUAACUAUGAGUGAACGUGAAUCUCAAAGUUCUAAAUGUGAUGAUGACGAUGUCUCGUCAGAUUCAGUCAAAAGUGUGGCGUGGCAAAACGAUGAUGUUAGCAGUGAUAAACAAACAGCGGAGUCGAGCAAAUCUUCACAAUCCUCUUCACAAUCCUCGUCACAAUCCUCCAACAGUGGAACCGUUAGAAAAUCGACGAAACCAAGCCGUAAGCGGAGAUCGAAAUCAGAAUCAAAUGUCGCCAGUGAAGAUUCUGAUGAUACUGAGUCGGAUAAAACUUAUCGAAACUAUCGGGUACCCCAAAGACCCCGUUCUAACGAUGUCACACAGCGUAGAAGUCCACAAUGCUCUACUGGAGCCAGGACCAAAUCUAAGUCACUUGAGUUAAGAGAUUGGUUUGAACAGAUAGGAGAAGUAGAUAUUUAUGCUGAGCUAACGCCGCAAGAAGAAGCAAUGGCACGACGCAGUUUGUCAGAGGUAAAUAGAAAACUUGGUUCAGUGUCGUGGAAACCAUUGGAUUAAGUUAAAGGCAUGUAAUCGACUGAUAAGAGAUUUUCGCAUUAUUUUUGUUUACAUUGUCGAUGAUGGGAUGUAUUAACUGUAAAUUAAUUGAAAUGUUUUGGUUGCCUAUCAUGUGUGCCAUUUGUUUUAGUAUAGUCCGUUGCAAAACAAAAAUGACGAUGGGUAAACCAAAUACUUACUGUAAUAUGUUCUGUAUAAAUUUUUAAAAUGGACGUUACAUACCAAGUGUAAGAAAUAAUCCAGCAAACUUACCUGAAAUAAAAGAAGAGGAAAAAUUAAAAAAA